AUGACCACCUACAGAAAAUUGGCAGCAGCGUUGAUAGCUUUUGUUCUGAUUAGCACCGGAAGUGCGAAGAAUCUAACGAAAAAUGCUAAUGAACUGGUGCAAUUUGAAGGCAGACUACAGUCAGCAGAAUCCUAUUGGUACAACGACGUCUAUUACUGGUGGCCUUGGUUCAGCGACGUUGCAACGGUGAUCAUGAUAAAGCUCAAAAUCGCCAUUGGAAUGGCAGCUGUUUACGCGUUCGGAGAUGGCUACUAUUGGAAGAAGAAGAAAGAUGCAGGUAAAGAAGUUGCACCCGAUUAUCUAGAGCAGAAAUACGAUUACGACUGCCACGAUUCUAAGCCUUGGUACAAGUUUUGGGAUCGUCACAAACGAGACUUGAGCGGAAACUACGAACACAAAGAACACGACCGAAGCUACGUUGAGUUUGCUUUUGAUUUGUUCGACGUCAAGAACGAAGAUUGUCGGCGAUUGGUAAUUUGCGAGAUGGAUUUCGAUACUGCAGCGAGAACUAAAACGAAAAUCGGAACAAACUACAAACACGACUUGUUCAGGAAAUAUCGUGGAAAGGUUCCCAAGCGAAGAAGUGAAUGCAAGAAAAUGUACAGCAAAUGUACGCUGCCUUCGAGUGGAGCCGAUAGCGAGACUGUGAUAAAAGCAAGCAAGCUGAUUCCAACAGACCCCAAGCGAUAA